GUUUGAAAACCGACAAUAGUGGUUCAGUUAAAUUCAAAACUCUCCUCUUCCUGAGGAUAUAGUUCUUCAGUGCUGAGUUCGAUAUAUGAAAAUGGUGCCCUGCACUGAGGGGAGCCCAUCUAGUUCUGAUCCAAAGACACAAGCUGUCACUGUCACCCCAGUGGAAGGUGCAGCAGCGGAAAAGCCUCAUAGAGAAAUAAAGCAGAUGAGUCCUGAUAGUCGAGCCCAUCCAUCUCAAUCUGAUCCUGAAGGAGCCAAUUCUUGCACUGCACCUCCAAAAACAUCCGGGGGUUCUGAUAGAGAUUCCUGUCUGGUGCAAUCAGUGCAGGAAGGAAAGAGUGCGAGCAUAAACUUUGAAAGAGUGUUGUUUCCCUCUCCGAAGGGGGCCCUCAGCUCACCACCCACUCACGGAGGAAGCGCUUCCUCUGGAAAAGCAGAGAAAGCAUCAGAGGAUGGGUAUAACUGGAGAAAGUAUGGACAGAAAAAUGUGAAGGGGAAUGAAUUCAUUCGGAGCUAUUACAAGUGCACACACCCCAAUUGCCUUGUCAAGAAGCAAGUGGAACGAUCGCUUGAGGGGCAGAUUACAGAUACUGUCUACUUUGGUCAGCAUGAGCAUCCUAAACCUAACAUUAAUAUCCCAUUAGCCGUUGGUCUUGUUGUGUCCAUAGUUGAAGAAAAACCAGAAAAGCCCUCUUCAACGGUUACAGAAGAAAAACCAUCUGAAGUUGGAGGCAAGACGUGUCAUCAAGUCAAGACAACAGAUACACCUCUGUCCCCCACGGUUACAGCAAGUAAUGAUGUAAGGAGUGCGGCAUUGUCGUCACCGAGGAGUAGGUUGCGGGAUGAGUUUGACAAUGAUGAUGGUCCAAGCUCCAAAAGAAAGAAGAAAGAGAAUCGGGGUGUUGAAGCAGCUGCAGUGGAUAAGGCAACUGGUGACACGCGCCUUAUAAUUCAGACAACGAGUGAGGUUGAUAUUGUCAACGAUGGAUACCGUUGGCGAAAAUAUGGGCAGAAGCUUGUGAAAGGAAACCCUAAUCCAAGGAGCUACUACAGGUGUUCGAGCCCGGGAUGUCCAGUGAAGAAACACGUGGAGAGAGCAUCUCAUGAUCCGAAAGUGGUCAUGACCACUUAUGAAGGUCAGCACGAUCAUGAUAUGCCUGCUGCAAGGAUGGUCACACGUAACCCAGCAGGAACCAAUGGGGCAACAAUUGCUCAGAAUGAUGAAGGAAGAAUAAAAUCCGGAGAAGGUGAAGCAGUUUCUGCUGAUGCAGCUGUGAGAGAAGGGAACUCCGACCCUCCUAGUAAAUCGACUGAGCAGCAAACUGAUAAGUCUGAGAAUAAAUGUGGCAGAGCCAGAAGCUUAAAUGCAGAAGGUGAGAAUAAAUCGAAUGAGCGACAGGAGGUUGAGCCAUCGUCUCACUGCGAAUCCCAAGAAAGAGGCAGUCCCACUGAUGCAGUUCUGCCGAGAGGAUUAAUUGAAGAGCAACCAAACAGCCAGUUGGCUGCUAAACCGGAGGAAAGUGAAGGGAUAUGCCACAACAAAGUGGGGAAGAAAUCAAAUGAACAGCAGCAGGUCCUGAACACAGCAGCAGCUGUUCAGAGCUAAAUGCAAACCAAGCCUCUUGAGGUAGUUUCUAACCCCCCAUCGACUUCCACUUUGUUCUUAUGGCGGGGUAUCGAGAUAGCAUCGAUCAACUCGAGCCUUGGAAGAUUGGGUGGUGUUGUAACAGAAACGAUUGAUUUACUAGGAUCUAUCAGCUGUAGGUGAAGAUUGGCCGGCCUGAUGAUUGGUGGGGUGAAUAAUGCUAAUAUCAGGUUGUAAUGUAUGAAAGUUUAGAGGUAUCUGCCUACCCAUCUAUUAUUCUAACAUAUCAGGAGUUUGAUGUAUUUGUCUGUUAAUAUUUAAUGAGGUUGCUGAUUGUGCUGUCACAGUAUGCAUAUUCUUGGGAAGGCUAGUAAUUUAAAUGUUAUAUCAGGCAAUACUGUUCAAGAUU